UACAGCUCUCCCCGGAGCAGAAGAUUGCUCUCUCCAGAUGCUGAUUUCUGAAGCACUUGGCAAUCAUCAGGCGGGAGCCGGGAAGAGGCGGCGGUAGCCGCCCCGGCCGCGGCGAUGGCAGCGACGGGCGAGCGUGCGGCGGCGGCUCGGGGCUGAGGGGCAGCCCCGGGAGGCGACGCUGCCUGGCGGACCCGACCCGACCCCAUCGACCCGAGCCGAGCUGAGCGGACGCGGCUCUGCCCCGAGCCCCGCUCGCUCCGCGCCGCUCCGCUCCGCCAGCCCGCUCACAGACCGCCGCCCGAGCAGGUGCCCCUGCGCCGGGGCACGGCGGGGGGGACGGCGGGGCACCCAUGCGGUGACCCUCGGCGGCGGCAGCUCCGGCCGGCCGCAGGGAGCGGGUGCCCCUCCGCAGCCGCGCCUGGGGCCAGAGGAGGCUCCCGCUGGCCCGCGCCCCCGGGGAUGGGUUCCCGCCGGGGCUGAGCGCCUCGCCGCCUCCCUCCUCUCUGCCCGGCGUGGGCGAGCCGGCGAGCAGCCAUGGCAGCGGCCAUCGCCAGCGGCUUGAUCCGCCAGAAGCGGCAGGCGAGGGAGCAGCACUGGGACCGGCCCUCGGCCAGCAGGAGGCGGAACAGCCCCAACAAGAACCGCGGGCUCUGCAAUGGCAACCUGGUGGACAUCUUCUCCAAGGUCCGCAUCUUCGGGCUCAAGAAGCGGCGGUUGCGGCGCCAAGAUCCCCAGCUCAAGGGUAUAGUGACCAGGUUAUAUUGCAGGCAAGGCUACUACUUGCAAAUGCACCCCGAUGGAAGUCUCGAUGGAACCAAGGAUGACAGCAGUAAUUCUACUUUAUUCAACCUUAUACCAGUGGGGCUCCGAGUUGUCGCUAUCCAGGGUGUAAAGACUGGGUUGUAUAUAGCCCUAAAUGGAGAAGGUUUCCUCUACACAUCAGAACUUUUUACACCAGAGUGCAAGUUCAAGGAGUCUGUUUUUGAAAAUUAUUAUGUAAUCUACUCAUCCAUGCUCUACAGACAACAGGAGUCUGGGAGGGCCUGGUUCUUGGGGCUGAACAAAGAAGGGCAGGUCAUGAAAGGAAACAGAGUGAAGAAAACAAAACCAGCAGCUCAUUUUCUACCCAAGCCAUUGGAAGUUGCCAUGUAUCGAGAACCAUCUUUGCAUGAUAUUGGAGAAACGGUGCCAAAGGCUGGGGUAACUCCAAGUAAAAGCACAAGUGCAUCUGCAAUAAUGAAUGGCGGCAAACCAGUGAACAAGAGCAAGACGACAUAGCCAGAUCCUCACAGGUGUUGUGACUUUACUGAGUCCCAAGUACAGUUGAGCGAUUUAUCCUUGCCAGACUUCCCCUUGGCAGUGUCUGCGGAUCAGCUCGUGGCAAGUCGCCUGCUUGCCCGUUGCUGUUUCUGAACUGAGUGGUUGCAAGUGGAUAAAUCUCAACAUGUAGCUCCACCACGAGAAGACACCUGGAUGAACCAGCUAAACUCAGACCAUGGAAUGCCCUACCAGAUAUUGGAAUGCCUUUUUAAUAUCUUUUCUGUGACUGUGACACUUCAUGUGAAUGACAUACUUCACAAGUACACUUGAUACUUUGCCUGCUGACAAUUGCCCAUAAUCCCUUUUUGAGUCCAGUUUCAGCAAAAUCCAUGUGUUUAAGUUCUAUUUUGUAGCACACAAAUAAUCAAGUAAUUUCUAGUUAGAUGCUGUAAACCUGUGCUAUUAUGGAUUUCUCUUCUUCCCUUUUUUAUAAGGCUGCUCGCUCCACUGUUUGUGACCUUUUGCAGGGAUUGUGUUUCUCUAUAACUUAAGCGUUGCCGGUGGCUUAGUUUUGAAAGCAAUCAGGGAAUCAGGAAGCCUUUAAAAAAUCUAUUAUUACAAAUUAUAUCUAUAAAGAAUAGGAUUGUUGUCUCUGGCUUAAAAUAUUGAUUAAAUGUGAAUACUCUUUAGUAACAUACUGUGCUUCUGAGGUUGGCAUUAAAGUGGAGGGAAGAGUGUCAAACACAACCAACGGGGAGUUUUCUGAAAUGUGUGUUUGGCAUCCCCCUAUAGUUUCUUUUUGUGUGUGUGUUUUAUACAUAUCACAGGCUUACUGGUAAUGGUAACAUUUGCCUUGCCCAGCGAGCAAGACCCACUCAUUUUUGGAAAAGUGGGUCCAAAGAAUUUUGUAGGCCUUGUAGGUCUGAAUUAAGGCUCAUUUUUCAUCUACUAAAUCUUCAUUGUUUGAAAAACAGCCACCACCAAUAAAAGAAAAAAAAAGUAAGACUAAUCAGAACUGCGCUACCUAAAUCCAUUUUAAAUAUAAUCCUUUCCUGUUUUUAAGGAACUGAACUUAAUGCCAUUGUUAUUUUUGGCUGAAUCCCACACCUACUUAGCAAAGCAUGGGCAAGGAUGUUGUUGUGUUCUUUUUUGCAGCACCAAUGCAAAGGGUAGUUACAAAUUAUAGUUUAAUAUUUCUGGUGUUUUAAAAAAAAAGAAGUUUUAAAACUGGACAUAUUACAAAACUUUAUUUUUAUUUUUAGCUAAGCAUGCAAAGUCCGGUCCUGUGUAUUUCACUGAUAUCCCAGUAUGUACCUCCACCCAGCUUCCUAGGAUAACAUGCCCACCAAAUUGCUAGAUUGAAGGUGCCUUGCCUUGAUCUCUAUAUACUGUACUUUCUCCUACAUGAACCUAGAAGAAAUCAAAAACAUCAAAAAAUUGAAGCCUUGGAUCAUAUUACCAGGAACAACAUCAACCCUUUGAGUUUGUCACUUGUGAACAAUUAAGCCAG